AUGCUUGCACUUCGUCGGGUGUCCGUGGCGACCGCUGGGUCUGCACCGCGCGUCGUUAUGACCCGGACCAUGAGCUCGACGGCACCCUCGCACGCAAAAAAAGUGCCUACCCUCUCAGACAUUGUACCAGACAGUCAGGACGACUUCAACAGCAAGCAGAAAGAAUUCCGGGAGAAGCUGGCCGAGGCGCAGAAAGCGCAAGAUUCAAGUGCGUCGUCCCCCCCUCUCUUUAACUCCAGACGCCCUGUGGAUCCGGUGCCGGCCGACGGUGCCGAGGACCCCAAUGCGCCACCUAUGUUGCAGGGCCUGGGCUCACUUAGUAUUACCGGUGGUAAAGGAUCACGGGCCGAAGCGUCGUCCAAGACACCAGAGCGCAAGUCCGGUCCCAUCGCCAACCUGAUCUACGGCACCAAAGAGGGCCGCGAGCUCGACGCACAGAUCGAGGCCAGCUUUAGCCAAGUCCUGGCACGCGGCAAAUACGUGCACUCGAUCGUGACACACGAAGUCAAACCCGACAAGGUUGCCGAGUACGUGGACCUAGUCGGCAAGUGGUACCCACGCAUGGCGAGCAUUCCAGAGAAUAAGGUGCACCUGGUGGGCAGCUGGCGCACCGAAGUCGGCGACUGCGACACAUUUGUUCACAUCUGGGAGUAUCAGCGGUACGAAGGCUACCAUACGUCCAUCAACGCCGUCGCAAACCACCCCGAGUACGCCGAGUUCGACAGCAAGCUACGGUCGCUCAUCAACAACAAGCAUGUCUCUCUUAUGCAAGAGUUCUCAUUCUGGCCCACGACACCGCCGCGCCAGCUUGGCGGUCUUUUUGAACUGCGUUCGUACACACUGCACCCAGGCAACUUGCUCGAGUGGGAGACGCACUGGCGGCGCGGGCUCAAGGCACGGCGCGAAGUCAUGGAGGGCGUGGGUGCGUGGUUCGUCCAGGUGGGCGAACUCAACACGGUGCACCACCUGUGGCAGUUUGCCAACCUGGAGGAACGCAAGGUCCGUCGCGAGCAGAGCUGGGGCAUAGAAGGCUGGAGCGACACGGUGCACAAGACGGUCCCGCUCAUCCAGUUCAUGAAGUCACGCAUCCUGGUUCCUAUGCCGUGGUCUCCCGUGGCGUAG